CCUUCUCUAUUUAAACUUCUCUGCCUCUCACUCUGCUUUUCCCCUUUAGCGUUUAGACAGCCACAGAAUCCACAAAACCAAAUCUUCUUUCUCCAUUCUCACAUCUCCACCGUUGAUGAUCUAAACCGAUCAAUCUAACGAUAAAAAAACAGAGCUUUGAAACUCCACAAGUUUGAUCAUUUGCUCAGAAACAGAGUAUCCUCUGCUCCUUACUCUGUGUUUUUCAUCGAUGAGGAGGUUAAGAGGGAUCAAAAUCAGAAGGCCGUUUCAACGAAUCACGAGAUGGAUCCUCCGGAAAACCCGACUCCGCCGUUCAAGAUACAUCCGGUUAAGCCCGAACCGGCCGGUUUGCAAACCAAAAGCCAUCGCAAAGCUCAUAAGCUGGGGUCGUAGUCUCUCAUCACACAGCGCCAGGUUCCUCGGGUGUAAGCCAUCAAAGUCCGGAUACAUACCAAUUGGGAAGGAACCGGUUCAAACCAAACCCGACCCAGUUCCGAAAGGCCACUCGGCGGUCUAUGUCGGUAAAAAAGACGGCGACUUUCACAGAGUUUUGGUGCCUAUCGUCUACUUUAACCAUCCUCUGUUCGGUGAGCUUCUGAGAGAAGCAGAGGAAGAGUUUGGGUUUUGUCAAGAAGGUGGGAUCACUAUCCCUUGUCCUUAUUCGGAUUUCAAACGGGUACAGACCCGAAUAGAAUCCGGGUCGGGGUUCUGCAAAUUUCCAUGGAGCCGGCGCCGGCAAUAACGACGGCGGAAAAAGACGGUAGACGAUGAUAAUGAUGAAAAAAGUUUGAGCUCUUUUUACUAUUUUCUUUUUUUAUUACUUUUUCACUGCUUUUUUAGCUUUUUUUUUUUUACCCUUUUUGUUAGAUAUGUAAUGCAUGUAUAUGUGAUAAUGUGAAAGUGACAUUUUUAGUAUUAAACUGUAAAUAAUUGAGAGAUUUUUCCA